CGCUCCAUCUCGCCCCUGCAACAGCCCCACCGAGCGCCCUUGCAGAUCCAGCCCACACACUCCCCGCUUGCCUCCCCGGAGAACCGUCAAGACGUUCUCCAAUCAGCUAUACUCCUCUCACAACCAUCACCGCGGCUUUCGAAGAAACUCUGCGAAGCCCAAGUAGCAUCCUCUGCUGCCGCCCCGGUGAAAGUUAUGUCCCCCGUGAUUGCCCCCGUUACCUUCCCAGAAUCCAGUACCGUCGCCGAUCAGCGUACGCAGAUGACCCUCGAAUCGACCCCUGCCCAGGCCUUCCGUGUGGAAUCGCCCCAGGUCCGCUACACGGAUGAAUUCAUCCUGUCGGAGUACGUCUACCGCAACUCCAAGGUUGUCAAGAACGGCAACGGCUCUGUUUCGGUUCUCCCGACCGAGCAGACCUUCCACUUCAAGGUGGAGCGCACGGUUCCCAAAGUCGGCUUGAUGAUGGUUGGAUGGGGUGGAAACAAUGGAUCCACCCUCACGGCCUCCAUCGUUGCCAACCGCAAGGGCAUCCAGUGGCACACCAAGGAGGGCGUCAAGAGCCCCAACUACUACGGCUCCUUGACCCAGGCCUCGACCCUCAAGCUCGGCAUUGACGAGAAGGGAAGCGAUUACUACAUCCCUUUCAACCAGAUCCUGCCCAUGGUCGCCCCCAACGACCUGGUGCUCGGUGGAUGGGAUAUCAAUUCGGCCAACCUCGCCGAAGCCAUGCAGCGCGCUCAGGUCCUGGACUGGGACUUGCAGAGACAGCUCAUCCCCGAGCUCGAGGCUCUGAAGCCCUUGCCUUCGAUCUACUACCCGGACUACAUUGCUGCCAACCAGGGCGACCGUGCCAACAAUGUUUUGCCUGGUUCUAAGAAGGAGCACCUGGACCAGAUCCGAAAGGACAUUCGCGAGUUCAAGGCCGCCAAUGAGCUCGAUAAGGUCAUCGUUGUCUGGACCGCCAACACCGAAAGGUUUUCGGAUAUCAUUCCCGGUGUAAAUGACAGCGCCGACAACCUCUUGGCUGCCGUUGAGCAGGGCCAUGAAGAGAUUGCCCCGUCGACCAUCUUUGCCCUUGCCUGUAUCCUCGAGAAAACUCCCUUCGUCAACGGAAGCCCCCAAAACACCUUUGUUCCCGGUGUCGUGGACUUGGCCGAGCGCGAGAAGGUCUACAUCGGAGGCGAUGACUUCAAGUCGGGCCAGACCAAGGUCAAGUCGGUCCUGGUGGACUUCCUGGUCAAUGCCGGCAUCAAGCCCCUCUCGAUCACGUCCUACAACCACCUUGGCAACAACGACGGCAAGAACCUUUCGGCCCCGGCCCAGUUCCGCUCCAAGGAAAUCUCCAAGAGCAACGUCGUCGACGACAUGGUUGCUGCCAACCAGGUGCUUUAUGCACCCGGCGAGCACCCCGACCACAUUGUUGUCAUCAAGUACUGCCCCUCUGUCGGCGAUAGCAAGCGUGCCUUGGACGAAUACGUCAGCGAGAUCUUUAUGGGCGGCCGCAACACCAUCUCGCUCUACAAUGUCUGCGAGGAUUCGCUCCUGGCCUCGCCCUUGAUUCUCGACCUGGCCAUCAUCACCGAGCUCAUGACUCGCAUCCAGUACCGCACCGACGACAUGGAGGAGUACGGCGCCUUCCACUCGGUCCUCUCGGUCCUCUCGUACAUGCUCAAGGCCCCCAUGGUCCCUCCUGGCACCCCGGUCGUCAACGCCCUGGCCAAGCAGCGCGCUGCGGUUGAGAACAUCUUCCGCGCCUGCAUCGGCCUCCCUCCCCAGAGCGACAUGAUGCUCGAGCACAAGGCCCUUUGAGCCGCACUUGUGAGAGACGCGCAAUCGAAGGGCAUGCGAUCGAAAGGUCUUGGUCGCUGUCCCUAACCGGCAUCGAUGCAAUGGGUUGGUGCGAGACUGCGUCGAUUGUGCCGCCUUAUUUUCUUUACCUAUCGUGAAUUGGAUUUUGGUGCAAUUGGGAUCCGGGGACGCAUUCAAUACAGCUAUUUCGAGUCCCCUA